AUGCCACGAUUGACGGUUGGAACGAAGAAUAUGUUGUAUCCUUUGCAAAAAACACUUGCAGUAGGAAGUUGCAAGCCAGAGCAGGUUCCAAUAAGAUCACUAGCCUCAGUGGUGGAGAGUUCCUCCAAAAUACUCGACAAAAGCGGCAGCGAUCGCGAAGUAGAUAUAAACGUAAGCGAGAAGAUUUAUAAGUGGACAAAGGCGGGCAUAGAGCAGGGAAAGGAGCAUUUCAAAGUUGGAGGUAACAAAGUCUACUUUCCCAAGGCCAGGAUCAUCCUCUUGAGGCCCAACGCGAAGCACACACCGUAUCAAGCAAAAUUCAUCGUCCCAAAAUCGUUCAACAAACUGGAUCUCAGAGACUAUCUUUAUCAUAUCUACGGCUUAAGAGCAAUGAACAUUACGACGCAGCUGCUUCAUGGGAAGUUUAACCGUAUGAACCUACAGACGACGCGGUUUAGAGAACCGCAGAUCAAGAAAAUGACUAUCGAGAUGGAAGAACCCUUCAUUUGGCCCGAAGAACCCCGUCCGGACGAAAACUCCUUCUGGGACAGCACCACGCCUGACAACAUGGAAAAGUACCGUGAAGAAAGACUUAACUGCUUGGGCUCAGACGCCAACAAACCCGGCACAGCAUUCGACGGAGUCGUGGGGCCUUACGAACGGGUGGCCCAGCCUUUUAUACCUCGCUUCUUAAAACGAGAGAUAGACAAUAAGCGAGAGCGUCACGCCGCCGAACUGCAGCGCGCAGAUAAACUAAUUGCCCUGAACAGGUACAUAGAAGAUCUACAUUAG